CCCCGCCCCACCCACGACGUCGCGGCUCUCCUGGCCGUCGUCCUCGCGCUGGCAUCCGGCGCGGCAUCGCAUGCGCCGGUGGCGGGGCCGGCGGCGCCGGUAGGGGACUGUGGCUCCGCGCUGAUGGGCCUCACCAGCUACCUCCCCUGCAGCUCGCCGGUGUCCACGCAGGGCAACCCGCCCAAGGAGUGCUGCACCGGCGUCAAGACCGCGCUCGCCAGCCCGGCCAGCGUCGCCUGCCUCUACGACGCCUUCGGCAAGGACUACGGCAUCCCCAUGAACCUCAACCGUGCCAAGGGCCUCCCCGCCGCCUGCGGCGGCAACCCGGCUGCCCUCAACAACUGCAGUCUGAAACUGCCCGGCGGAGCCCCUAACAGCGCCCCUACUGAAGAUCCGUGCAGAAAAAAAACGUUAAUUAGAUCUAAUCAGUAG